CAUGACAUUGGGAACGCAAGAGGAACGUUAAUAGAAGAACCCUUCAAAUUUUCCUUUACUUUUGCAUUCUGGACUGAUAGAGGGAAAUCUGGAGAAACAAAAUUAGUAGUUUGCCGGUCUAAAAAGAAGAAAAGAAUCUCCCAAGGUUUGUUGUGGUUUUUUAGGUUUGGCUGUUAAAGCGCCGAAGAAAUGGCAACCAAGGGCACUGCCAAGUUUUACAGGAUCCCUGAAGGGAAGGGGCCUUAUUCUGUUGGCUGCACAGACUUGAUGACUGAUGACACCGUUCAGUCACAGGCAAGCUUCUUGCGUCUGUAUUAUCCCUCACAAAAUACCCUGAAUAGCGAAGAAAUACAGUGGAUUCCCAGGAAAGAGUAUUACUGGGGACUUUCAGAAUUCCUUAACAUGUACUGGGUAGUAGGGGAGAGACUUCUGCAAUAUUAUUUUGGCUCAGUGAUAUGUCCUGCAAAAUGGAACACCGCUUUCAAGCCUGGAGAAAAAUACCCUCUCAUUAUUUUUUCCCAUGGACUUGGAGCUUUCCGGACUCUGUAUUCAGCUAUCUGCACCGAGAUGGCAUCACAGGGUUUUAUAGUGGCUUCUGUAGAGCACAGAGACAAAUCUGCUUCAGCAACUUAUUACUUGAAGAAGAAGUCAUCCUGGGAAGCACAAGAAGAGGCUACAUCAGAUAUAGAAGAGGAGUGGAUAUAUUACCAGAGGCUAAAACCAGGUGAAGAGGAGUUUCCUCUGCGCCACAAACAGGUGCAACAGAGAGCAGAGGAAUGCAUCAGAGCUCUGAACCUCAUUCUUGAUAUCAGUUCUGGAAAACAAGUAGCAAAUCUGCUGUCCUUAAACUUUGAUUGGACUCUCUUAAAGGAUUCAAUUGAUACUAACAGGAUAGUUGGGAUGGGUCACUCUUUUGGUGGUGCUACAGUAAUUGAGACGCUCAGCAGAGAAAGUAAAUUCAAGUGUGGUAUUGCCUUUGAUGCAUGGAUGCUGUCACUAGAUGAUGAAGUUUAUCACAAGGUCCAACAACCAUUGCUGUUUAUCAACUCUGAAAAAUUCCAGUGGGCCACAAAUGUCAUGAAAAUGAGGAAGCUUGGCAACCAAAACAAAAUGAUCACCAUCAAGGGAACAGUACAUCAGAGUUUUCCAGACUUUACUUUCCUGACUGGUCAGUUUGUUGGAAAAAUUUUCAAGCUAAAAGGAGAAAUAGAUCCAAAUAUAGCUAUUGAUAUUUGCAACAAAGCUUCGUUAGCCUUCUUGCAGAAACAUUUAGGUCUCAAGAAAGAUUUUGAUCAGUGGGAUCCUCUUGUAAAUGGAGAAGGACAGAAUGUUAUUCCAGGCACCAACAUCAAUCUACCUCCAGAUCAGCCUGAGUCACUAGACGGAUGAAAUAUUGCCAUGCAUCAAAAAAACACUUUGACUAACAGAAACAGUGCUACAGAAGUGACUACAGGGUUUUGUUGGGAUUUUUUCUUCUUUCUUUGGAGGUCAGGAGUGGAAUAAUUUAACAAGAGUGACUGUGACAUCAGGUGGGGUCCAGUUACAUUGGAAUAGAAGAUUAAGGUUUUACAUUUGUUUUAAACAAUAAAAUACUUAUUUGAUAUAUUGA